CUGAGAGAUGAUACAAGCAGGGUGAAGAUUAGGAUCUUAUUUCUUUAUUUGAACCAGAACGGACAGCUGUAUUGUGAAAGAUUUACCAUCAAGUUUCCAAGAAGGCACCUGUUGGGGAGUCAUUGCUACCUGGGUCACACUGACGAGCAGCAAUGGGCUUCGUUUUGUGGGGGUUCUUGACUAAUUUCUUCACCUACGAGACCACCAAAUCUGUGGUGGUAAAGAGCUGGUCUGUGGGUAUCAUCAACCGGAUUGUACAGCUGCUCAUCAUCACCUAUUUUGUCGGCUGGGUCUUCAUCCAUGAGAAAGCUUAUCAGUCAAGUGACACCAACAUUGAGUCCUCCGUGAUGACUAAAGUCAAAGGCUUUGGUUAUCUACAAAACCAAAACCAAAAUGAGAACUAUCAGAAUCGUGUGAUGGACGUGGCUGAUUACGUGUCGCCCCCUCAGGGUUCAGGCAUGUUCUGCAUCAUCACCAAACUCAUCGUCACUGAAAAUCAGUUCCAAGGACGAUGUACAGAGACUGGGAAGAAAUUCAGAUGUUCUUCCGAUGAAGAUUGCCAGAAGUAUGUCGGCAGCAACCUUUACAACGGUGUAAUAACAGGUGCUUGCCUUAAAAACUCCAGUGAGUCCCAUGGCAUGUGUGAGAUGCAAGGAUGGUGUCCAGCUGAAAAUGAUGCCAUCAAAAUUGAACCAAUGGAUGUGAACACCUUCACUAUUUUCAUCAAAAACAGUAUUCGUUUCCCUCUUUUUAAUGUCACCAGAGGGAACUUUCCACCCACAAUGACAGCCAAUCAAAUCAGGAAUUGUAAAUACCAUCCAGAGGACAACCCCCUUUGCCCCAUCUUUCGUGUGGGGGAUGUGCUGAACUACACCGGUCAGAAUGUAACUGAACUGUUAAGCAGGGGUGGAGAAAUAGGAAUAAACAUUCAGUGGGAAUGUAACCUGGACUUAAACAUUGAAAAAUGUAUUCCCAAGUACUCCUUCACACGACUUGAUGCUCCAUUUGCCAAGAAUGCUGUGUCCAAAGGAUACAACUUCAGAUUUGCAAAAUAUUUCAAAACAGAGAAUGGGACUGAAUUUCGGACUCUUCAUAAAGCUUUUGCGAUCCGUUUUGAUGUCAUGGUCACUGGCAAAGCAGGAAAGUUUAACACAAUCCCAACUAUGAUCAACUUGGUAGCUGCCUUUUCCUCGAUUGGACUGGGCGCGGUUCUCUGUGACAUCAUCUUACUAAACUUCUUGAAAGGGGCAGCGCAGUACAAAGCCAAAAAGUUUGAAGAGGUGUCAGAGGCUCACAUAGAAGCUUCCAUAGCUCAGAGUCCAGGGAGCCAGCUGUCACUCAAAUGCAUGAAGAGCUCCUGUGACUCUGGAGCACUUUCUCUCAACACCUAUGACCAACCUCUCUAACCGACAGCAGCAAUGUGAAGACAUGGGCUCCCCUUCCUCUUUUCCUUUCCCUUUCUACCUUAUUAUAAGAGGUAUUCAGCUUCAGAUCGGCAAGUAUAUGGAACAGGGUAAAGGAGGACGAUGUUGUUGCCAUCUCCAUAAGAAGUAAGGGCUUGUAGCUCACAACAAUAACUGUC